AUGAUAAUUCGUGUUAUUAGUGGAAUUGGCAUAAGCCGUGUCACCUUACAGGCUGAUGCCACUUUGGGUGAUCUCAAAAACGAGAUUCGAAACCGUAUACGGGUUCCUGAUGGCACUACGUUGAAAUUUGUCAUUGCGGACUCCAAUUCGGAGGUAUUUUUAAAAUUUUAUGUGUAUACAUUGCAUCAGAUUAGUGGAAGUGACGACGAGGCGUUGGCGAAGUUUGGCGUUGGACAUGGUUCUUGUCUGCGUCUGAUUUCGGUUUCAUCAAACCCUUCCGGCAGCGAAGAUUUAUCUUAUAUACAACCAUCCCAAUCUUCUGAGCGCCAGCCCGUCUCUGAACAGACUCCUUCGGCCCCUAUUAAUGUUGAACCGACUUCUACCAAAGAAGACAAACCGGAUGGCGUAUCUGGGCCAUCAUUCAAGUCCUUUGAUGCAUAUUUGCGCGACAAUGGGUACGCAGUGUCUGAGUUGGCGCUGCAGCAGUCGUACAAACCCGUGUUCUUAGAGCGCGGGAAAAUGAACAAGUUGCCCUCCGGCGUGACAGUUAAACAUCAGCCUUACCGCCACGUGGACCAUCUUGAGCUCAUGAACGCCGAGGAUAUUCAGAACUUCGCGAACUAUUGGAUGAGCGACCUUGAAAUGGCUGAGCAGCGUGCGGGUUGGCUGUACGGAUACUACGUGGAGGAUGCUCACUAUCCCCUAGGCAUUCGCGCCGUUUGCGAAGGCAUUUACGAACCACCGCAGAAGUCAACUUUGUGUGAUGUGGAAUUUCUGCCGGAUGAAUUCCUUCCUGUUGUCGACACCAUUGCUGGGCGGUUCGGUCUCGAACGCAUAGGGCACAUUAUAACCCAUUUACCCCGAGAUAACUACCUAUCACCGCAGGAAGUUAUUGACAGCGCAAGGGUGCAGCUGGAACGGGCGCAUUCCACGCAUUACACUGGGUACCCGGUGUCUACGCAUGUGACGUGUACGCUCCAUCCAGAUUCCGAAGGCAAGCCUGCUUUGAAUGUCUAUAUGGUCUCGGAUACUGCAAUGGCGUUGUUGCGGGACGGCAUCAUACGGAGUGUGCAGAGCGACCCCAUGUUUGUGACGAUCCGUGAGCCUAGUCAAUCUAAUGAGGUUCUUCCACAGAUUAUCGAGUCCGGCAAAGAGGUGACAAAGUUCGACCCAAGCUGGUUUGUGAUACGUGUUAACGAUUCUGCCCCCAUAAAACCCAAUUCCAUGUUCAAGUAUGCCGACUUUCCACGGGAGAACCGCGGCGGCCGGUCGGUGACUACAGAUGCCGUUAAGAGCUUUUUAUCUAGCCGAUUCGCCAACGGUUUAACUGCUUCCGAUCCGGAAAUAUUCAGCGACUUUCACCUGCUGCUGUAUUUGGGCAAGAUUCUCGACAUUGAUACUACUCUCGCCAUUUGCGACGCGGUUAUGGGCUCAGCUCCGCUUGACCCUAUUAUGGUUGACCUUCUGAUGGCGAACUAA